AACACAACCGCUGGGCUACAUAAACAAUUUCUACUGUAAUACUAUUUUAUAUGAAAUAGACCAUAAACCUUAACAUGCUUGGUUAAAUAUUCAACUAGGAGUAUUAUAAAAACACUUUUAUCGCAUAGAUAGUUUUGCUUAGCUGUCAUAAUACACACAAUCUAGUUCAAAAUGAGCUCGAAUAAAUCGGAGUUUUAUGCUUUAAGAAAAAAGUUAAUUGAAACACGAUCUCUAUAUGUGGAUCCAGAAUUCCCACCGGAUAUUAAAUCUAUUAGCCCGACGGGUUCAAUCAGCCGGGACACUAAUAUCAGAAGAAUUGAGUGGAAAAGACCUAUAAAUAUAUCAAGAAACCCAAAAUUUGUUUCUGCAACAGCAACAAGAUCUGACCUUGAUCAGGGAAGUUUAGGAAACUGUUGGUUUGUGGCCGGUGCCUCACUGCUGGUGAAUGGUCCACGUCAACAAUUCGAGCGUGUAGUUCCGCUAGAUCAGGGUUUCGACCAAGAUAACUAUGCAGGUAUAUUUCGUUUUAACUUCUGGAAGUAUGGUCGGUGGCAGGAGGUGAUAAUUGAUGACUACCUGCCUACAGAUGGACACCGGCUGGUUUUCUGCUCGAACUGGGAGGAGAAAGACGAGUUCUGGGGCGCUCUUCUCGAAAAGGCUUAUGCCAAGUUCUAUGGUAGUUAUGUCAGUUUGGAUGGAGGGAAACUAGCUGAUGCCCUUGUAGAUAUGACAGGAGGGAUGUCGGAGACAUUUCCACUAACAAACAGAUCUGAUAUACCUCAUAACUUCUACGACUUGCUGUGGAAAUCUUCUCAAAUGAAUUCACUCAUCGGAGGCAGUAUUAAUCUACCAGAAGGUGCUUCAAGACCGGAAGUGAAAAGGAGCAACGGUCUAUAUAUGGGACAUGCAUACAGCAUUACCGCUCUCUCUGUGGUACCAUGGCGAGGGUCGUCAGUUAAGUUGUUACGUGUAAGAAAUCCGUGGGGUAGGAAAGAAUGGAAUGGUCCCUGGUCUGAUACGUCAUCAGAAAUUCGGAACUUACCUAUGGAAAUCAAACGAAAAUUAAACAUUGUAAUAGAAGAAGAUGGUGAAUUCUGGAUUUCAUUGGAUGACUUUAUAGAUAAUUUUGAUGAGGUUCAAUUGUGCCAUCUUCAACCGGACGCUUUAGCUCAGGAAUUGGCAGCCGACACAAAUAAAAAGAAUUGGAGUGUAACACUUUACCACGACGCAUGGAUAAAAGGGGUUACAGCAGGUGGUUGUGGGAAUAGACCAUAUGAAAAACUAUACUGGAAGAAUCCACAGUUCCAGGUUCAUCUUAAAGAUAUAGAUUCCACCGACAAUAGAGAGAAAUGUACAAUGAUUGUAUCACUGAUGGAAAAAGAAAACAGGAACAUGAAUAAAUAUGCAAUAGGGUUUGAUGUGUACGAGGUCCGGAAUUCACGGAGGCGCCCUCUAGAUGACGAGGCUUUACCGCAGUCCGCACUUAUUCAUAAACGUGGGUCUGGCAAGUACCAAUUUUACCGAGAGGUAACUCUGAGGUUUGAAUUCCCGCCAGGUUAUUACGUCAUCAUUCCAAGCACGUUCCAUCCACACGAGGAGGCGGAAUUUAUGUUAAGAAUUUACACAGAAAAAGAGGUGGAGUCAGAAGUCAUGGAUGAGGACAAUGGGCCUUCUGUGCCAACUCCUGAACCACGUGACUCUAUGGCACUUUUGUUUGCCAAACAUGCUGGUGAAGACGGCAAAAUGGACUACAAAGAACUCAGACAGUUCCUCAUAGAGGCUACAUUAAAAGAGUUAAAAGAGUCAAUAUCAUUUAAUAGAGAGGCAUGUAGAAGUUUGGUUACGAUGAUGGAUAAAAAUCGAUCAGGGUUUUUAUCUUGGGAAGAGGCUAGGAUACUUUUAAAAGAAAUCAAGGCAUAUACGACUGUAUUCAAACAAUUUGAUGCAAAUCGUUCCAACACAAUAGACACCCUGGAACUUGGGUCAUUAUUCAACAAACUUGGUAACGAUAGGUUCCCAGUAAGUAGAAUGGUGCUAACAUCUAUCGUCAGACGUUACGGUGGCAGGGACCGAAGACUGAGCCUUGAAGAUUUCAUCAUUGUAAUGUGUAAACUAACAGUUAUGUAUGAGAUUUUCAAAGAGCAACAGAUGAAAACUGGCGGGCCUGAAGAUGUAGCUCAGUUUACAAGAAAUGAGUUCCUCCAGUACACAAUGUUCUGCUGAAAGAGUUCUUCUCAUCAAACACGUGCAAUGUGAAUUCAGAAAAGCUCGACUGUGAGACAAUGUAAUGUUACUGUUUACUAGAAUUUAUCAGAAAAAUUUACAUGAUUUUAAAUAACGUCCAUGUUAUCCAUCCGAGAACUUGACAGUGUCCUGGGCUACCAUUUCUUUA